UUUGGUCAAAGAGAAAAACACUGCCGUGGGCUGUUUGGGCUAUGUGAGUCGGGCCCAGCAAGCAGCCAUUUAACAAACCCAAUAAUGUGGGAACAGAGGCCAGUAGAGAAAACAUUCUUUCUCUCUCUCCCUCUGUCGCAAAAAAGGACAGACAGUAGAAAAAACAUUUCUUUUCCCAAGGAAGGAUUACCCUCUCCUCGAUCCCCUUCUUGACUCGUGCCCCGUCCGCCAUGGUUGCCUCUCCCCGUGCACGAGCAUAGCUCCCUCCACGCAGCCAUGGGCACCAAUUUCCCGCAGAGCCACCACCUCCAGAACGCGCACUUCUCGCUCCCCAGGAAGCAAUUCCUCACCUACAUCCUCUACGCCCUCCUCCCCCUCGCGCUCCUCCACUACCUGCUCUUCAACCCGCUGGCCGCACCCAAGCCGCCGCUCCUGGCGCGAGAGGCGGCGCCUGCCGUCGUCCCGUCCCAGCACGGGCACGCGCCGGUGAAUGCGCUUGAGGAGCAGCUGCCCCCGCCCCCUCCCGACCGAGGGGGCGAAGUGUUGGGGGAAACUCCAGGCGGAGAAGUGUCGGCGUCAGGAUCCGCGUCGCCGCCGUGCGACUACUCCGACGGCGAGUGGGUGCCGGACGGGCGCCCGCCGCUGUACGACGGGACGAGCUGCGGCACCAUCAAGGACGGCCAGAACUGCAUGGCGCACGGCCGCCCGGACACCGGGUACCUCCACUGGCGGUGGCGGCCGCGGCGGUGCGACCUCCCCGCCUUCUCCCCGGAGGCGUUCCUCCGCUGGCUCCGCAACAGGCACCUGGCCUUCGUGGGCGACUCCAUGGCGCGCAACCAGGGCGAGUCGCUGCUCUGCCUCCUCGCCUCCCGCUCCCGCCCGGACCUCGUGUACCGGGACGGCGAGGAGAACAGGUUCCGGCGGUGGGUCUUCCGGGAGCACAACGCCACCGUCUCCAUCUUCUGGUCGCCGCUCCUGGUGAGGGUCGCCGAGAAGGCGGAGCACGCCGGCGUGCGGCACAACAAUGUGUUCCUCGACUCGUUCGACGAGCGGUGGAUGUCGCAGCUGGGCGGUCUCGACGCGGCCGUCCUGUCCGUCGGGCACUGGUUCCUGAUCCCCGGCGUCUACCACGACGGCGGCAGGGUCGUGGGCUGCCACGACUGCGCGGACCUCAACCGCACCGAGACGGCCUUCUUCGGCGUGUUCAAGGAGGCCGUGCGCCGGACGCUCGCCGAGGUCGCCCGGCGGCACGGCGCGGACAGGAAGGUGGUCGCGGUCACCACGUUCUCGCCGGCGCACUUCGAGGGGGACUGGGACAAGGCCGGCGCGUGCCCCAGGAGGCACCCGUACAGGGAGGGCGAGAAGGAGCUGGGCUACACGGAGAACGAGAUGCGGGAGACCGUCCUGGAGGCGGUGGCCGCCCACGCAGGCGCCGGGCCCCUGCGGUUCGCGGCGCUCGACGUGACGAAGCUGGCCAACCUGCGGCCGGACGGCCACCCGGGGCCGUACAUGCGCAGCGACCCGUUCGCCGGCGGCCCGGGCGCGCGGGUGCAGAACGACUGCGUGCACUGGUGCAUGCCCGGCCCGAUCGACACGUUCAACGAGAUCCUGCUACACACCAUCGCGGGGUGACCGCCAGUCCGCCAUGAUCGUGAGUUGGAGACAUCUCCGAUCGUGCGCUGAGUUCUGUUAAUGAUCUAGGAACCACGAAUUUUGGGCCAGUGUAGGUGCGUGUACAUCGAUGAUUCUUUUGCUCGUUCGUCAGACGAUCAGGAUACGAGAUAGGUUGUGAUGAGAGCACCGCUGGUUCAAGUUUGGGGAGAAGAUUUGGAGUGGUGUGCUUUGGUAUGCUGGGAGUAUGAAUUGCUCUGAGGUCCUAGAAGGUAUAAUUUCCUGACGAAUCUGUAAGUUGUAACUUUCAGAAAGAGAUUGCUAGUUAUCAGGGCUGUGUUUUGCU